AAUGUAAAUAGUUUUCCUAAAAAGCAAAGCAACAAAGGUCGUGCAUGCAAAAGGAAUUUCCAUUAAACUCCUAAAGUAUUUAUUUUUUAUUAAUAAUUAUGCCGAGUGAAAUCAAAGAAGCCCUCAAGGAAGCAAAUGCUGCAUUCAAAAAUGAAGAUCACAAUAAAGCAAUCAAGAUUUGCAAGGAUAUUCUCAAGCAGGACCCACGAAACUACAUGGCUCAUGUCCUUCUUGGGGCAAUUUAUGAGAAAGACGCUUCAAAGAUCGAAGCGGAAAAGUACCUCCGUAAAGCUUUGACUUUGUCUAACGAACCACUUGCUGCACUACAAGGAUUAGCACGAUGCGUCCCUAUUCAUGAUACUCCGGAGAUAUAUGGGAGGCUACUGGAGCUGGCUCCAAAAAAAUAUGAAGAAAUUCAUGGAAAGCUUCUGAAAGCAUGUCAAGAAGCUACCGAAGCUAACAGUGAUGCAUGCAGAAAAUUUAUUGAGAUUUUUGAAAAUGAAAUCUCCCUUGAGGAAAAUGCGGAAAAUCAAAAGAGAAUUCAAUCUGCCUAUAUGAAUUUGUCUGAAAUACUUAUAAAGCAAAAGGAUGCAGAUGAAAAAUUCCCGGGAAUUUUCCACGAUUGUCUUCUGCGAACACUUCACGUAAAAGAUCUAAAUCAGCAUGAAAGAUACAAAAGGGCACUAAAACUAUUCAACAGUAUGAACAUGAAGGAUCUCGUGGUUGAGAAGGCUGUUGAAAUGCAUGAUCUCUUCACAAAUGAUCCCUUUCCAUUGGAAUGGAUUUGCAAAAUUUAUUUAGAAUCAAUUGAUUCGUCAACUAAUGAUGUCUUUCCAUUGAGUAUUAAAUAUAAAAUAUCCUAUUACAUUGAGAGUCUAUUGGUGAGAGCACCAAACUCACAAAUUGGGCUACUCGCAAAAGGCCUCAACAUGUUCAAUGAAGGGCAGAUUGUUGAAUCAAGGACAAUCAUUGAGAAUGUGCUUAAGGAGACCCCAAAUUGGGUUACGGCUCUGAAAAUUAUGUCAAAAAUUCAUUUUGCCACAGAAGCCUACAUCCUUGCUGCACACAUCUGGGAAUCGCUCAAUGUAAAGGACAUCUCUCUUGCUAAAUGCUACAUACAGCAAGAGUAUAACGUCGAUAGGGCAAUAGAAAUAUGUCGGAAACUCCUGGAGGAUACUACUAUUUGCGAUAAAGAGAGGAAAUGCAUCAAUUUUCUCCUGGGAAAAGCUCAAAUACUUCUCACCUGUGGCAAUAAUGAGAAUCUUGAACUUUUCAAUGCAUUGGGUUGUGAGUGUGAUGAUGCGAAUUACCUCAGAGCCUUUACCCUUGUUAGGCAUGAAAAGAAUCACGAAGAAGCAUUAAAUGUAUUAAAUAAAAAUCCUAUUGAGAAUGUGGAUUACAUGUUGCUAAAGGGAGAGAUUCUCUUUAAUCUUGAGAGAUUUUCUUCUGCACUUCAAUGUUUUGAAAAGGCUUCAUCACUGUGUGCGACAUCAUCAAGGACAUUCUAUUGGAUCUCUCGGUGCAAUAGUGUGCAAAAUAAUCCAGAAAUUGAACAAGAAAAUCUCCAUCGUUGCAUUCUACUCAAUCCAAUUCACAAGGAAGGUCUUCUAAAAUUGUGUUCUCUAUACAGAAAUCAGGGAAAGUAUGAUGUCAUUGAGCGAAUUCUCCUUGAAUGCUCAAUUCAUGCAAAAGAUAUUUCCCUAAAGUGGAUUUGGGUGCAAUUGGGACUUCACUACGUGACUGUGUCAAAGAAUUAUGAGGCAAUCAAGACAUUCCGCACCCUUUUGAGAUUUGAUAAAGAUGAUUACCUCAUUUGGGAAAUCCUUGCAGAUGCAUACUUUAACAAUGGUUCUUACACGUCUGCAUUGAAAAUAUACAUGAAAAUUGUUGAGGAGACAAAAGAAAAUAUUUAUUGCGAAUACAGAGUUGCUCAUAUAAAAACGGUUUUGGGACAUUUUACUGAGGCAAUAAAGUACUUUGAGGAGCUCUUAGCGAAACAAUCAAUGUAUGUGCCAGCAUUGAAAGGCAUUGCAGAGGCACAUUUCGCACUUGGAAACAUCUUAUUGGGGCAACGGAGAUUAGGAUCUAUGCGAGAUCACAUGCAGAAAGCCGUAUUUUAUGCAACACGUGCAUGUGAAAUGAAAUCACUGUGUUGCCAUUGGGAUCUUUUGGGUAAUAUUUUCCUCAAAGUGGCCAAUCUUCCAAAACAAUUGGCUCACAUUCAAGUAAACACCAAAUUCAACACAGAUCAAGAAAAUUUGACCAGCACUGAUGUGACAACAUUAAAAGGAGAUGAAAUUUAUGAAAUGUCCAGCAGGUGCUUUUUGCGAGCUUUGCGCGAAAACCCAAAAGAUUCCCUUCUUUGGUACAAUUUGGCAGUUUGCUACUACAUGAGGGCAUGCAAUGUAUGUGACGAAGUGGAAAAGCGUCAGUAUUUCCUGAAUAGCAUUAUGUAUGCGAAACAAUCUAUUGCCAUAAAGCCAAAUCGUUGGCAGAACUGGAAUAUACUUGGUACAAUAUCCAUAAAGUUGGGUAAUUUAUGUCUGGCACUGCAUUGUUUUGUAAAGGCAUUGCAUCUCCACAAGACAUCAGCAAUGUCUUGGUGCAAUCUUGGCUUAAUGUAUCUCAAUGAUGGGGAAAAGUGGCUAAAAUAUGAUUUUGACGGUGAAAAUGCCGUUCUUGAGGAACUCCAGAACAUGUCCAAUACAUCCAAUAGAUCCGCUAAUAGAGCCUUUGGACGGUCACAGCAAUCAAAUACGGAUUAUCUACAAGCAUGGAUUGGGCAAGCCAUUACGGCUGAAAGGUUGUCCGAAGAAGCUGCAAUGGACUUAUUUAGGCACUGCAUCCAGUUGGGUUAUCACCGUGAAGCAGCUCUGGGAUAUUCACGAUUUGUCUAUGGAAUUUUGAGUGAUGCACAAAAGCUCAAUAGUGAUGCGAGAUACCAAUAUAAAAUACAAAAUAUGUUUGCUCUUCCACGUGCUCAUGAUUCCAUGAAAUGGUGUAUUGCUGAACAAGAUGAAACAGCAACAGCAGCAUCACUCUGCCUCUUAGGAUAUCUCUCGUACAAAUCAAAUCUCUACCGCGAAGCAUCAGCCGUAUUCAGCAGAGCACUUGCAAAAGCACACAAUGCCGAAGAUUACGAUGCAAUUGCAUGCAAUUUGGCAUACGCAGAACUUAAGCGAGGGAACUACAGUGAAGCCAUUGAGGCGUUUAAGAGAAUCCAAAAUGCUUCAUAUCGUGUAUCUCUUGGGCUUGCUUUUUCGUACUUCAAAGAUCAACAAUAUCAAGAAGCAUAUUCGGUGUAUGAAAAUAUUUUGCAAGAAAAAACACUGAAUUCUGUUGAACAAGCAACCAUUCUCAUGGCCAUGUCUUCAAUGAUUUAUGUGUUUCACGAUGAAAAUGAAACAAAAAAAGUAAUCUAUCAGAUCCUAGAUUUGCCCAACCGCCCUGUGGAAGGGUUGUACAGUGCGUGUGCUCUGGGAAUUUUACAUGAAGAUAGUCAAUUGGCUGAGUUAGUUGUGAAGGAGCUCAAUAACAUUGAAAGUAUUGAAAUGACUGACAUCAAUUGCCAUCAUAUUGCUUUUCUCUCCUCCCAAUUUUAUCUAUUAAAGAAUGACCGAGAUGUAGGACUUAAAUAUUUACUAACACUCCUACAUAAAUACCCUCAUCGUGCUAAAUUGAGGAAGGUUAUAGCGGAGUUUCUUCUACAAAACUAUCCAAAUUCAUCGCGGCAUCUUCACGCGGCAAGUCGACUAUCUCAAGCUGUGUUGGCGAUUGAAUUUGGAAAAAUUGAUGGCCAUUGUUCACCAGAAGUCUUUGCAAAGUGCCUCAUAGUUGCCUUCAAAGCUUUACAUUUGCUAAAGGACAAAUCACAGAAAUAUCUACUUCAGAAAGCUAUUCAUUUGAAUCCAACUUGCAAGGAAAAUUGGGACUAUCUCCGUACCAUUUGCUGAUUUUUUUUAACACUUUAUAGUACGGUGUGGAGAAAAAUAAUAGAACCACUUAUAUUAUUUUGCCUGAGGUUCUAGGGCUACUUAAGCUAAAAUUCCCCAUAAUUAUAAUAUUUCAAAUAAAAUUAAUCAUUGAAUUCAUUUACAAAAAUCCACGUAACUUUUUUUCUGUCCAUCCGAUUUUAAAAAUUUCAAAAAGCUCAGAAAGCUACAUUCUUCCUGAAUUCAAAGCUUCCAAGGUGAUCAAAAUCGGUCAAAGAGUUGAUUUUUGACAGUCAUUUGCGUGUCCACAUCAAAAAAUCUACUUUUGCUUCAACCCUUAAUAAAAAUUCAACGGAUGAACCGAUUUUUGAAAACCUAGCAUCGUUAGAAAGAGAAUGAAUGUAGCUUUCAGAAUCUGUGCUACAUUUCAAUAUCGACUACAGUCAGAUUGAGAUAUUAAUAUUUGAAGUCAAGAGAAUCUCUAAAAUAACAAAAGUGGUUCUAUUAUAUUUCUCAUCGCUGUAUAUAGUCUAAAAUCUCAAUAUAUACGCCUAAGAACUGUAAAAUAUGAAUAAGAAACAUUUAAAAGAGAUUGAAACAUCUGAAGGGUGAGUGGAUAAAUGUUUCCUGCUGAAAUUUCCAAAGGACGAGAUGCUCUUAUCAUAAAAAUUAUAAGCAAAUUCUUACAUUUCUCACUCAUAUUGUACCAUUGACAGUUGUAGAGAGUUUGAUGAAUUUUGAGACUCUACAAAAGAUUGAAAUAAAUGUAAAGAGUUUAUUUCUACAUAAAUAAA